CAUGGCGACAAGUAACGCUUGAACCGUUGUCAAGCACAAAUUUUAUCUACACGGCUCCUAGAGUUCUUAUUUGUCGUUCAGUAUGAACGAGAAAACGAAGCAGACACUAUUUCACAUUCUUCUUCAUUCAAAGAUGAAGGUUCAAAUGGCGAAGCAAUCAAGAGCCAGAAGCGCAAUCGUCAAUUUAAGAGCAAACGUUAUAAACUUAUAGAGGAUUUCGAUGCAGGUGCUGUGAACGAAGAGCAGUUUUAUAAAAACCUAAUUAAACUGAGAGAGGAACAUAGAAAUACAUUAAAGUUGCUGGAAACAAAAUAUUACAAUGAGUUGAGGAAACAAACUAAUUUUCAAUGGGAAGGUUUUCAUCAAGGAGUUGGAUUAAAGGAGUACAAAAAAAGAAAUGACACUUCAACAGCAGAAAAAGAAAAGAUGAUUCAUGAUAGUUUUGAUUACGAAAACAAGUACCCAAUCAAAUCAUCACAUGAUUUUGUCAAAGACAUGUCAUAUUUGACAAAUACUCAAUUCACAGAUAAAAAUUCUGUUAAUUCUGAUGAUGAUGCAGAAGAGGAUGACAAAGAGGAAAAUACAGUAGAAGAAAAUGAAAGCCGCACUACUUCAGAAGAAUUUUCCACUUCUCUCUAUCCUAAAAGAUCUCAGAAUAUGGAUAUGGUUGAACAUUUAUGGCAAGACUUCUCAAUUCAGGAUUAUACAGCUAAUGAUAAUGAAACCUUGGAGUCAAUGAAUCUUGCAAAGACAGACAAACAAAAGGAAUGGACUCCAUCAAUCACCAUACCAAAACCAUUUGCAAUGACUUUAAGAGAAGCACGAACAGAAAAGAAGAAGACAAGAUCCAUGCAAGUGCUUGAGGAAAAUUUGAGUCUUAAAAAGUCUGCAGAGGAAGCUGAAUUGAAGAAGAAAUUUCGUGCACAGCCUGUUCCUGCGACAACUUUCCUACCCUUGUAUGAGGAGAUUAUAGAAAAGAAUCAACGAAGGAGUCAACGCGUUCGUGAUAUCAACAAGGCUCUAUUAAAAGCUACAGAAAAACCAUUUACCUUUAUAAGACGAGAAGAGAUGAAGAGACGCCAGAAAGAAGAAGACCGUCUAAAGAUGUUGAAGAAGAAAGAAAAGGAGGAAUCAAAACAAGUAUUUAAAGCUCAGCCUCCUCCAAAACAUGAAAAUGAUUUAAGUCUUGCCGACAGGUUAAUCGAGCAAGAUGAAUAUCGUAAGAUACGUAAGAAACUUCGCGCUGCCGAUCUCCUCGCUGCCUCACGACUACCUCCGAGCAUGGAGGCGCGUAAAAACCUUACAAAUGCAGCCAAAUCGCGACAAAAAUGUCGCAAGUCUCGCGAACCAAAGCUGCUGUUUCGUCCAAACAUCAAUGUUGAAGUGCCCGACUUUGAUGCGUUGCAUUGGGAGUUUGAAAAGAUGAGGAAACGCAAGAAGGAACGACAGCCGACUGUUGUAGAACCUUUUCAUUUGAAAACAGCUCAUAUCCCUCGUGCUAGGAGUAAUAGUCUGGGGCGAGCCAAUUCUAUGGAGAACUUACGUCACAGUAUUAGUGAAAGGAAUUUUGGAAUUGAAAAAGAGGCGAGAAAGGUUAGACCGUCCAGUGCUAGAUUGUCAUCAUCCCAAGAUACUUUACCUUUUGGAAUCACAGAAUCCGUUCGACUUCGUGAUGAGGCCGUUAAGAGAAGUCUCGAGGUGGAGAAACAGAAAAGUAAUGAAAUUCGACGCUACAGAAAGGCAAACCAAAAUCGAGAAAAACAACUCCGUUCUCAAGUUCAAAUAAAAUCAAUGGUAUAUGAUCAUUCUUCGCAACUGAAGAAAAACAGUAAAGAAAAGUUAAAAACUUUUAGAGAGAGUGAUCGCGGACGACAGGAAGAAUAUGAACGAGAGCUUGGUGAAAUGAAACGACGUGUUGAACAAAGGCCGUUGUUGUUUGAACGAGAAUCACAAGAGAAUGCCAAAAGAAAAGCGCAAAAGAAGUACACACAGAUCUUGCGAGAUGUAGGAGUUGAUGAGCAUCUUAUAAACAGCCUAGUAAACAAAAACAGUGACAUCAUCAAUAGUGAAUGCGAUAGCGAUAUUUCGAGACAUUCUGGGACAGAUGAUGAUCACGAGCGUUAUUCCAUGUCCGACUCUGAGCAUAGAACAUCACUUGGGGAUGUAUCCGAGCCUGGCGAUUGACUGAUGUGAUUUUCCUGAGGUUCAUGUUGCUGUUAGCAAAUUUCAUUGUAGUUAUAAUAAUUAAGCUAAUUUAUCAAAUAUAAUGAUGUUUUGUAUUCAUA